AUGUCCAUCAGCGCCUCAGCCUACCCCCACUUGAUGGACGCCAUCCUCGACGCCGUGCCGUACUCGGCUCUCCUCGCCUUUAGGGCGACGUCCAAAUCGUUCCUCGGCAGGAUCGACUGCGUUCUGUUCCGCCAUGUCGUGCUCGCGCGGCCCGAGGAGGGCGACAAGCCUCGGUCUCACUGUAUCGGGUACACCAUCUCAACGCCGGAUGAGGGCAAGCUUCCCGUGUUCCCCGUACACGAACUCAGACAGUGCAACUUUUGCUCUCGUCGCCCAGCCGAUCGCGCUCGGCUGCUACACGUCCUCAGCCUCACCGAGAUCGUCGACCUCCGCAGCUCCCUCCCCGAUUGGUGUUAUGGUCAGCUUGCACAAGGGUUGACCAGCUUGGAGAUCGUCCGCAUGCUCCCUCGACGAGUUGGCGUCAACACCAUGCCGUACCGCAUCCCGUUCAAUGCCACGACGCUGGUGCUGAAAGCUGGGGUAGCGGAAACCGCCUUCCCGAACUCUUCCAAGCUCCACACACCGGGCAUGUGGUCGAACAAGCAGUUCUCGCGGGUCGUAAUCAACACAUUCUACGAGCUGGGUGGGGUCAGCACUCUGCGCCCCAUCGUGUCCCCAGUCCUCAACUACGACACCGCUGGGAUCAAGGAGCUGGUGCUCCUCUUCACGCCAACUUCGAGAGCCGCAACUCGGCUUACCACGGCGGCCGAACAGGGCUGGCGCAGCUUCCAGACCAUGACGCUUGCGGAUCACGCUGCCGAGGCGUGCAUCAACGGCGUCGAGUGUACUCUCGUUGGACUGUGCGAUGCCGACCCCCGGUGGUUCGAGUUCAAGGCGAGCGAAGACCUCGAGCCCUGGUUCGAGGACUAUGUCACCGAUCGUAUCCGCCGGCACCUUCAAGCAGAAGUCGGGGACCAUGCCGACGUGCCAGAAGAGUACCUCGACGCCUGUCUUCAAAGGCUGUCAUUUGUGUCUCGUGAAGAGUACGAGCGCGGCCGAACAGCCGAGCAAGUCGCCGUCGAGCGGUGCCAGCUCGUACCAGCGGUGGAGGAGGCCGCCCCGCCUCAGGGCCGAACAACGAACAUUGGCGAGGACCGCGACGCCGACGCCGCCUCAACCUAG